AUGCCCCAGGGCACAUUAUUCCGUGGUUUACAGCGUAUAAACCUUAGAAUUAUUUCAAUGUUUGCUGGAAGAUCUGUCUUUGAACGACUCUCUGGUUGGGUGUACUGCGUCCCGGACAGUUGUUCCCUUCUUGAUCAACUUUGUUGUCCUGAGACCGUCAAUAUUGUGCUCCCAUCAAAAACGAACCGUGUCAUCUCCAAGAAAUCUUGCGACGAUAAACCUGAUGACACCCCAAAACCCGGUCCCGGAUCAUUGUAUACCCGGUGGGGCAGAACUACUUGUCCUACUAAUUCAAGCCUUGUAUAUGACGGUGUGGCUAGUGGACAACAUUAUACCCAUACUGGUGGCGGAAGUAAUCUCUUGUGUCUACCCAACGAUCCCAUUUGGGCCAAUUAUACGACAGAAGAUGAAAAAACUGGUUACAUUUAUGGCAGUGAAUAUGCAAUAGUUUUAUACCCAUCUAAUAAACUCUUUUCUUUUGCCAACGCUAAAUCACUUCAUGAUCACAACGUUCCGUGCGCUGUCUGUUUGACACGACAACCUUCUGUUGUUAUGAUGUUACCAGCCAGGACACAGUGUUACGAUGGUUGGACAGCUGAGUAUUCAGGAUAUUUGAUGACCGAGCGUCAUAGUCAUAAAGGCAGACGUGAAUAUGUGUGUGUGGAUUAUGCACCAGAAGCUGAUCCAGCAGGUUACAGAAACGAAGAUGGAGCUGUUUUAUAUUUCGUUCAGGCUGGUUGUGGUUCGUUGCCAUGUCCACCGAUUCAUGACAGUAUGUUGGAGUGUGUCGAAUAUUUGUCAGAUAAACGAAGUGUUCGGUUUACAACAUCAAGCUGCAAUAAAGAUUAA